AGAUAUGUUGAGGGCAACAUGAUUACCACAGUUAGAAGGGCAUUUACAACCUCUUUUCUUCAACCUGUGUUGCAAGGAGUGGAGUGUCGACCUGAACAAAUGGGAGUUUUUAAGCUACAUGUUCGAGGGAAGACCAAGUACAGAAAGCCAAUGGACCCCAGUCAUGCUGAUGAAGUGCCCGAGUUUCAGUUUGUUGGUCUUCGGAAUAAAGCAGACACAUUAGCCUAUGUGUGGGGAGUAGCAGAUCACGGAGGGCUUGGACGUGCUUCAUUCUUGCGGCCUGAUCCAAAGAGUAGACAGAAGCGAAUGCAUUACAGGUUUACACCCCAUCGACUGGGACUGGGAGAGUACUAUGAGGUUAAAGAUUUGGCAUGUGGUUACGGUUUCACUCUGUUUGCUGUUAACGAUUCAUCUGUUUCCUGUUUUGGUACUGGUCUUAAUACAGAUUCUCAAAUAGGUAACCAAGUAAACACUAAAAAGAACCGUCUAGGAAUGCUGAUAAGUCCUGGUCCCCUUGAUAUUCCACUCACCAAUCAAGCAAAGGUUAAAAAGGUUGCAGCUGGCCGAGCACACACUGUGAUGUUGACUGAUAGUGCAGGUGUGUGGACAGUAGGAAAUAAUGCUUAUGGACAAUGUGGAAGGCCAGUCAUUACUGAUGAAGAUUACUCAAGAAAAUCUGUAUACCAUCAGAUCAGAGUGCUUGAAGAUAAAAAGAUAGAGCACAUUGAAUGUGGCCAAGAUACAAGUUUUUUCUUGAGCGGUGAUGGAGUUGUAUAUUCUUGUGGUUGGAGUGCAGAUGGCCAAACUUGUAGAGGCCAUUAUAACAAUGAACCAAACGUUGGACCAAUUGUUGGUGAUGUUGAAGGAGAAAAAAUCAUUAAGGUAUCCUGUCGAGGUGACUGUGCAUUAGCUCUAAGUGAUAAAGGGGAAGUUUUUGGUUGGGGUAAUAAUGAGUAUCACCAACUCAGUUCUGUAACGCAAGAAAUGCAGAUUCAUACAUCUCGUAAAAUGGAUUUACCUGGCGUGGGGCGGAUAGUUGAUAUUGCAUCUGGAGGCACUAUGUGUUUGGCUCUUAAUGAGGAUGGUGAUGUAUUUAGUUGGGGUUUUGGAUUUCUUGGAAAGGGACCUGAAGUUUCAUAUUCGAAGACCCCUGUGCAGAUUCCAUCAACUUUAUUGGGUCGAACACCAUUAACACCAGAAGCAAAGGUCGUGAGCGUUUACAGUGGAGUCAACAGUUUUGCAGCAGUUAAUAACAUUGAUUCACUCUAUACUUGGGGAAAAAAUCCUGGAGGCUGCCUAGGGCUUGGACACUUAAAGGAUCAAUAUUUUCCUUUUAGGGUAGCACUUGCAGGAGGAAUUCGUAAAGUAAGCAUUGGAGUUGAUCAUAUGGCUGUUUUGGUAAAAGAAGUCUUCUGAUGUCUUGUGAUAGGAUUUGUGAGCAAGCUGUAUUUUCUUUUAUAGUGUGGACAUUAAUGUAUUACUGUAAAUAUAUCUCU